AUGCAAGGUACAGAGGGGAACCAAAGACGUUCACAUUCCAUGAAUUUGGAAAGUGAACCCCAUCCUGGAAUCGAUGAAGUGUGCCACCGUUUGACAACUUGUACCGAUCCUUUUGUAACCCCGGUUCUCUCCAAACAAGGCAAUGGCUCAAAUAUUGAACCCGUUUCAGAUCCUGGGACUAGUCAGUUGGACUGCAAAUCUGGACAAGGAGACGAUUUUAAGAGAGACUCAUCUAUGGGCCAACAGGCUUCGCAGCCGAACUCAAAAUCUAUUGCGGAUAAAAUCCUAGAGAAAGAUCUUACAAUCCCAGCACCCGACACCUCCACAAUGAGCACAGAACCUGAUCAUUGGGUACAAGAAGAGGAAGGAGAAAUAGAAGCGAGCAAGAUGUCGGCCGCAGUCGAGUUUCAACGGGUUCAAGUAUGCGGGGAUGAUAUGCUUGAUGCCGCCUCAUAUUUCAGUCGCUACGAUAUUCGACAUAUCGCGGUACAUAUAUAUUUUUGUAACGCAAUACUCAUAAGGUUGCUGGCAACUCCUCGACAGCCCACGACCGCUUUCACCCUUCUUGGGCCUCAUCAAGUAGGCGCAGUACCCGAGUUUCCAUCAACCUUAUGUUCUACUCAGGUUCAGUGCAGUUGCACAGAAUUCCGGUUCUACUCUCAUCAUCUUUUCAAGGUUCCCAUCGAUGAGCUGCAUGUGGCUGCCGAUGCUCUCAUUAAAGCACUUGAGUUGCGUCAAAAGUACAUGACUCUCGCCCUACAAAACUUCAAUCAGACGACUGGGAGUUACCUGGGUGCGGUGAAUUCUGGGUCCUUAAAAACGUCGGGAGCAAAGGCGAAACAGUCACAGUCAGUAAACCGUCCACCUUCUGAUUACCCGCACAAUUCGCCGAAGGAAAGCGCCAAUCCUUUCGAGGUCCGUUACUGGCCUGAACCACUUGACGUCAAGCUCAAAUUUCAGAAGGGCAUCAUGCAAGUCAUCACCCCAACAGGCAAAUCUAUCGGAAACGACUGGAAAUUCGUGGUGCCUAGCGUUGAAGCCUACCUCGAUGACUUUGAUACAAUACGUACAUUUGUUGCUAACGGGCCGCUAAAAUCCUUCUGCUUUGGUCGUCUAACCUAUCUCAGUUCAAAGUUUGGUUUGCACUCUUUGUUAAACAGCUCCAAGGAAUCGAUGGAACAGAAGCCAGUGUCCAAACGUGACUUUUACAACGUACGAAAAGUCGACACGCAUAUUCACGCAGCAUCGUGUAUGACCCAGAAGCAUCUUUUACGGUUCAUCAAAAAGACCAUUCACACCAAGGGGGACGUGUUGGUUUGUGAAGACGAAAAAUCCGGUAAACUGAUAACGUUGAAACAGGUUUGUUUAUUGACUUUCCUAGUAAUCAGUCGAACUUUUCAUGAUAUUAUGUUUGGACUGACCUUCUCGAGCGUGCAUAGCAGCUGUAUUUUGUGUAGCACCCUUUCGAUACCCAGCCGCCAUGCCACCGGAAAGAAGCACAAGCGUCGAGAUACUGCCAGAUUGCCCAAGCCUAGACAGAGACAUUCGAGAUGCACUGACCAAGUUGGCAUCUCGGCUCAUGAUAUGACCAUAGACAACUUGGAUGUCCAUGCUGAUCGAAACAUCUUCCAUCGAUUCGACAAAUUUAAUGCAAAGUACAAUCCAAUCGGACAAAGUCAACUUCGGGAAGUCUUCCUCAAAACGGACAAUUAUAUGAAAGGGACACUCUUUGCCCAGAUAUUGAAGGAAGUGUUUUCAGACUUGGCCGAGUCUAAAUACCAAAACAUCGAGCCGAGACUCUCAAUCUACGGACGGUCCAUUGACGAAUGGGAUAACCUGGCCAAAUGGGCCAUAACCUGCGAAGUUUACUCAGAAAACGUUCGUUGGUUGAUUCAAAUACCCCGCCUCUUUGAUGUGUAUCAUGCAAAAGGAUCAAUGAAAUAUUUUCAGACCAGUGUUUGGCAGUUGAUCAGAUGGCUGUUGAUCUGUUCGCCGAGCUUGGCAAUUGAUUUGCAAACGUUUCGUCACUAUUCGAGGAGACACUGUUGGAGCACAGAAUGCUG